AUGGCUUAUGCUUCAAAUGGAAGUUUGCAGGACAUUCCCCUCUUGCAGUGUCGAAGUCACAGUCACUCUGAAGGACACACCAUUUCUUUGCCAGAGGAUUCAACAACCCCUGAAAAUUUGGCUGAAACUGAGGAAGCCCAUUGUGAUAAUGGAGAUAGUUCUAGUACUUUUUCAGCACUGGCACAAUUCAUUAUGCGUCAGAGCUACAUCACUGCAUUGAUUGCCAUGAUGGUUUGGAGUAUCACUCAUAACAGCUGGUUGGCCUUUGUUUUGUUGAUUUGGUCUUGCAUUAUUUGGAUGGUGCGUGACCGUUGCCUCUGUGCCUUGCGGAGCUCGCCGUUCCUUGUUAUCUAUGGAAAUAUUCUGGUGAUCCUUAACUUCUUUGUUGGACUGAAUAUCACACAGGAAGAACUGUUUCCUGGAGUGCCAACCUCACUCCUCAUUGACUUGGAUUUGAAACCUUAUUCUCUGCCCUGUGUUCAUCUGGCAGCCAAGAUCUCCUAUCUGUUUACUUUCUGGCUCUUGCUGAAACAGCAUAUGAUUCAAAAACAAAAGGAUAGGCAAGAGGAGGAGGAAUCUCUGAAGGAGGUGAUGAUAGACAAGGCCGAAAUGGACACGCAAGACAAUCUACUUUUGGACAUCCUUGGUUCUGUGCUUAAGGGGAUGCUAGUAAAAUACUGGAUUUACUUCUGCUUUGUCAUGUUCUUUAUUGUCAGCUUCAAUGGCAAAGUGGCUCUGUACAAAAUCCUCUACAUUUUGCUUUUCCUGCUCUGUGUAGCUUUGUACCAGGUUCAUUACGAGAUGUGGAGACUAGUCCUCAAGGGGUUUUGGCUGACAGUGGUAUCUUACUCAAUGGUGGUACUUAUAACAAUCUAUGCCUACCAGUUUGAGAUGGUUUCUGCGUUUUUCCUAAACACCCUGGAAAUAUCAGAGGAGAGAUUAAAGGAUUUGGGUCUUGAGAGAUUCAGCACUAUGGAAUUGUUUGCAAGGAUAUUACUUCCUGGUGCCUUUCUUUUGGCUUGCAUCCUUCAGCUGCAUUACUUUCACGAAGGUUUCCUGAUGAUCACAGAUCUGGCCAAUAUUUCCAUCAAGCCAGUUGCUUCAUUUGGCAGUGAUAUGAAAACUGAAACCCGGGUGUAUUCUCUGGCUGACCUGCUUAAGAAAAGCAUACUGAGACUGCAAAACAGGCUAGCUGCUGAGAAGCGACAAGAAAACACCAUUCAAGAUGGAUUGGACAAGUCUGCGAAUACUUUGGGAAGGGGUCCUGAUGAGAAACUGGUGGAAAAGAUGAGUAAAUGGACAGGAACGGUAGACCAUUUGGUACCUCGUGUCCUGAAGUUCUUUGCAACAAUCCAAGAUGCCCAAGCCUUUGCAUGGAGAUUUCUGGAGCUACAUAUCCUGAAAUUCGUAUCUACUUGCAUCAUCUGGAUCACUCUUCAGGAGGUAUCUUUGAUGAAUUAUCCUUUCUUCAUCCUGUGGACAUUUGCACUUCCCUUUUCAAAACUUCGCCCACACGCAUCAAGAAUCUGUACAUUUUGGUCAUGUGUAAUGGUUGUCUGCAAAAUGAUCUAUCAGCUGAAGAUUGUCAACCCCUUGAAUUAUUCUUCAAAUUGCACACAGGUCAGCCAUACCACUGUGGAUGAGUUUCUGGAGAAAUCGCUGUUGUACGUUGCGCCUGUUGACCCAGCGCACUGGAUUGGAGGCUUCUUGAAAUGUAAUGACAAUGUUCUUCCUUGCCUAAAGAAUCACCUCACAAUCCUAAUUUUAAUGGCUCUUGAGGCAACCGUGCAUCGGCACCAACAUUUCUACCGAAUGCAGAAUCAGCGGCUGCCCCCUGCCACGGGGAGCCUUUUUCAUAACAUCUGCCGGGAUAAUCUGGAUGAUGGAUUACCCAGUUGCAUCAAAUACUUUGUUAACUACAGUUUUUACAAGUUUGGACUAGAGAUAUGUUUCGUAGCUGCUGUUAAUGUGAUUAGGCAACACAUGGAUUUCUAUGCCCUUAUCCAUGCCACCUGGCUGAUGUACCUGUUGAGCUGCCGUCGGCGGAAAGCAAUAGCUGAAGUUUGGCCUAAAUACUGCUGUUUCCUUGCCAGCUUGAUGGCUUUUCAAUAUCUGCUUUGCCUUGGUCUCCCACCUGCCCUGUGCCAAGAUUAUCCAUGGAGAACGUCUCAUUGGCCACUCCAUUCAAAUCUGAUUAAAUGGCUUUAUCUCCCUGAUUUUUCCAAGAGGCCUGAUGCUAAUUUCCUCUUGUAUGAUUUCCUGCUUCUGCUUCUUGCUUCCCUCCAGUGGCAAGUAUUUGAGGAUGAGAAUAAGCCUGUUGUGAGAAUGAAAGCUGGAGAUAAUGUAGAGAUCAGUCGAAGCUUAGACCCAGUGGGCCUCAAUGAGUACAGUCCAGUGCCAAACUUUAUCCACUGCAGAUCUUAUCUGGACAUGGCAAAAGUGAUUAUGUUUAGAUACCACUUCUGGUUUGCCCUUUGUCUGAUAUUUAUGACCGGAACCUCUAGGAUCAGCAUCUUCUGUGUGGGCUACCUUGUGGCUUGCUUCUACUUCAUGCUUUUUGGAGGAAGCCUUCAGCUGAAGCCUGUCAAAGAUAUCCUCAGACUGUGGGAUUGUUUGAUUGCAUACACAGCUUUGGUUAUAGCCAUGAAGAAUCUCCUUGCUAUUGGACCAUGUGCUUACCUUAGUCAAUUACAAAGAAACCAUUGUUGGCUGAUUCAGAUGUUUGGCAUGUUCUGCACAAUACCAGGAUAUGAUGUGGAUCCAGCUGAGGAUGAGAUAUGUGAACUGCCUGAAAAUGAAGCAGGGAUCAUCUGGGACGCGAUAUGUUUUACUUUUCUGCUGAUCCAACGCAGAGUGUUUACAAGCUAUUAUUACCUUUAUAUUGUAGCAGAUCUCAAGGCUGCUGAGAUUUUAGCCUCCAGAGGAGCUGAGCUGUUUGAAGUAAAACUGAAGAAAAUGGUGGCUUUGAGGCUAGAAGAAGAGAGAAAAUCAAUGGAAGCCAUGAAGAGGCAAAUGGAUCUGAUCAAACCCAAGACAAAAAGUCUUGACGGCUUGGAGAAAGGCAUUUCAAAAGCAGAGAGUGUGCAGAAAUCUGAACGAAAUGGGGAGGAUCGAGGUUCUAUGCUGUCUCUUGCAGAAGAUGAUGCUAGCAUGAAGGGAAAUGAAGGCAAGAAAACUUGGUGGCAACCAUCAGUGACUCACACUUCAAUGAUUCGAAGUGGAAACUAUUCCCUUUUUGAGACAGACAGUGAGGAUGAAGAGGAAGAAGUGCUCACACAAAAGAGUGAGGAGGAGUCCACAAAGAAAAAAACAGCAUUCCAGCUUGCCUACGAAGCCUGGAUAACAAGUUCAAGAUCAGCUCUAAAGAUGAGAGAGCGAGAUGAAACCAGGGACAGAAUGAAGAAAGAAGCAGAGUGGAGGCCAUGCCAAAUGACAGGUAGUGCCGAUGUACAAGUAAACUUCUCUGAAGAAAACCUGAAGAUGUCAGCCCCUGGAAAGGACUUUGAUGAUUCAGGUGAUUCAUUCCCAGGAAUCGCUGACAGAGAAGAAACUGCUACGCAAAGGAUAGUCAACAUUUUCAAAUUCACUUGGGUAUUUAUCCAAGCACUGUUGGAUGAUACUACAGAAGCACUGAACUCCCUGUGUAAGGACAAUCUGGGUGUAGCAGAAGUACUGAGAAUGGAGAAAUGUCUGCUUUGGAGAGAGAUUAAGAAGGGAAAAGAGGUCUCAACAGAUGUUGUCCUUCAGUAUUAUGAUCUUGAGAAAAGUCAGCUACAUUUUGGAGAAAGUGAGGCUGAAACAACAGAGGUCGAGGAAAGUAAAGAUGAUGUACCUGAAUGCCCAUUGAUGGAGAACAGGAAGCCAUCAGUUAUGUGCCUCAGGAGAUCCAGGGGACCGGCUAAGGAUGCAGCGGGAUGUGAGAAAGAAGAAGAAGGAAACCAUACAGAUGCCGGUUCCCAAGAGUUCAUACCAAGCUCUUCUCAUGUCGAAUUUGCCAGCCUGGGAAACUUUUCUUUAGAAAUGGAAGAAUCUGUGGAUUCCUUGUUUGCUAGGAGUAAACAAAUAGACAGGCCACUGAGCAAAGUUCCCGCUUCGAUGACAGCCAGUGAGCUUCUUCUGAACAGGACUUUUCAUGAUAAUGAGCUGGAGCAGUCAGCUAAAUUUUACCAGCGCCUUCCUCGCCUUCUGAAGCUGGGAAUUGCUUUAUACAAUGUUAUGGAGUCUAAAUCAGAAAUGCUGUGUUAUUUUGUCAUCAUUCUAAAUCACAUGGCUUCUGCUUCCAUUCUCUCUUUGGUUUUUCCUAUCCUGAUAUUUCUGUGGGCCAUGUUGUCCAUUCCAAGACCUACAAAGUUCUUCUGGAUGUCAGCUAUCAUUUACACUGAGAUAACAGUUGUGAUCAAAUCCUUUUUUCAAUUUGGAUUCUUUCCUUGGACUACCGAAAUAUACCGUGGUAUCAAUGCAGAAGAACCGUUUGUUUUGCCAAAUAUGGCUGGGGUUGAGAAGAAGGAUGGCUAUGUACAUUAUGAUCUGGUACAGCUGCUGGCCUUGUUCUUCCAUCGGUAUACGUUGAAGUGCUAUGGGCUCUGGGAUUCCAAAAACAUCAACAUUCUGGACUCCGAGGAGAAGAACAUUACAGAGAGACCAAAGAAGACAAGAUGCAGAAGCCACUUCAAAGAACAUCAGCUGGAAUCAGGAAUGUGGCAUCUUUUUAGAUCUCACCAUCAGAGGGGGAAUAUUUUCAAAAGAGUUAAUGAAGACAAACCUCUGGCAGAAGCCAAGAAGAAACAGAGCUGGUUCAGAAAAAAACCCACUGGCAGGAAGAGAUUUACCAAGGAAACAAUAAACCAGAAGAUACUAAAGGCAAAGAAAAUGCUGAUUAAAAUUGUUCUUCAGAUUUACCAGCCCAUCAAGCAAUUCUUCUAUGACAUUAUUCAUCCAGAAUGCAGCCCGGUCUGUGAUGUUUAUGCUCUCAUGUUCCUAGUUGAUGCCAUUAAUUUUAUUAUUGUCAUCUUUGGCUACUGGGCCUUUGGUAAACACUCAGCGGCUGCUGACAUCACAGAAUCCCUUUCAGAAGACCAGGUACCCCAAGCCUUCCUUGUGAUGCUCUUGAUACAGUUCGGGACAAUGAUCGUGGAUCGGGCAAUCUACCUGAGAAAGAACUUGUUUGGAAAGUGUGUCUUUCAGGUGGUUCUUGUCUUUGGCAUUCAUUUUUGGAUGUUCUUCAUCUUGCCUGGAGUAACAGAAAGGAGGUUUAACCGGAAUUCAGUGGCUCAGCUGUGGUACUUAGUCAAGUGUGUUUAUUUCGGUUUGUCGGCAUAUCAGAUCAAGUGUGGAUAUCCCAAACGAGUCUUGGGCAACUUUCUGACUAAACGUUAUAACUGCAUAAACCUCUUCUUAUUCCAAGGAUUUCGCUUGGUACCCUUCUUGAAAGAGCUGAGGGCGGUCAUGGAUUGGGUUUGGACUGACACCACUCUGAGCCUUUCAAGCUGGAUUUGCGUGGAGGAUAUCUAUGCUAAUAUUUUCAUCAUGAAAUGCUGGAGAGAAUCUGAAAAAAAAUAUCCCAAGCCUCCUGGGCAGAAGAAGAAAAUGAUUGUGAAGUAUGGGAUGGGAGGAUUCAUUAUAUUUGUACUCAUCUGCAUUGUGUGGUUCCCACUGCUUCUUAUGUCACUGGUCAAAUCAGUGGCCGGAGUAACUAAUCAGCCUCUGGAUGUAUCUGUCAAAAUUACUAUAAGUGGUUAUGAGUCCUUAUUUACCAUGAGUGCUCAGCAGCACAAUCUGGUCCCUUUCUCUCACGUAGCCUAUAAUGAACUCACCAGCCAGUAUGCUCUUCAUCCUUCUGCCAUGCAAUUUAUAGUCAACUACAGCCCAGACGACAUUGUUGUUGCUAAAAUAAAAGGCCACGCAAGCCUGCUGUGGAAUAUCAGUCCCGCAAGUCGGAAGGCUAUGAUAGCUGAACUGUCCAACUCCUCUGUAAUCUAUAUCAGCUUCCAUUGGACUCUUCUCAGGAAUGCCUCUCUGGUGAAGAAUGCUGAAGCAUCUGGUGUACACACCGUGCAGUAUGAAGAGAAGGAAAUACGGGAGCAAAUAAUUCAAAUGCUUUUGGGAACCAAGACAGAACCAGUGCUACUUCCUGGUGUUCUACCAAGAUAUGUAAGAGCUACAGGUGGAGCAGAAGCUAAAAUGGCACAUCGGUUGCAAGUUGCUCAUUCCAGCACGCCGAAGGACAUAGACAAGAUGGCGUUCUUCCGAAAUAUAACCAUUAAAUUGCAGCAGCUGCCUACCAAGGAAUUUUUAAGUCAUGUGCCCGAAUGGUGGAUUGUUAAAGAGCACAGACCUGGCUGUCUGGGUGACGGAUGCAGCAAGAAUAUGGAGCUUGUCAUCUAUAAUGAUAAAGUCAGCCCUUCCAGUCUGGGAUUCCUGGCAGCUCAUGGGAUUGUGGGUCUCUACAUGUCUGUUGUUCUGGUUGUCGGCAAGUUCGUCCGAGAGUUUUUCAAUGGAAUUUCACGCUCCAUCAUGUUUGAAGAGCUGCCCAAUGUGGAUCGUGUCCUGAAGCUAUGCACUGACAUCUUUGUGGCGAGAGAGGCUGGGGAACUGGAGUUGGAAGAACGCCUCUUUGCCAAACUCAUCUUCCUGUACAGAUCUCCUGAAACAAUGAUUAAAUGGACGAGGGAAGCCAAGGAAAAAUAGAGCCAGAACACUCGUCCCUGGUCAGCACUACACGGCACUGAUCUUCACGGUGAAAAGCAGCAUGAAGCUUUGAGGCACAUAGUUAAAGGCAUCUAAAUCAGGACUGAAUGAAUGAAUGUAUCGUGCACAAUUAUAUUUUAGCUUAUUGAUCUAUUUUAAUCAGUACAAACAAUAUGUGCAAUUUAUCAACCUAAA